AUGGUGAAAUCUACAAUAAUUGCAAGAAUUGCUGAUGGACUACCAUUAUGUGCAUCCGUUGAUGAUAAACAUUCCGAAAUAGAGUUACAACAACAAAAGCAGCAAAGUAAAAUUAUAUUUCGAAAAUUAACUGUGAAUUCUGAAAUAAGAGCAUCAAUUGAGUCAGGGCAAUAUUUUUUGCAUUAUUUUAUUGAUAAUAACAUUUGUUAUCUUUGCAUAUGUGAUAAGUCGUAUCCAAGGAAGCUUGCUUUUUCUUAUUUAGAUGAAAUAUCAAAAGAAUUUUGGAAGACUUAUGGUAAUGACGUUAUGAAAUUAUCUUUACGGCCCUAUGCUUUUGUACAAUUUGUAGAUAUAUCAAUACAAAGAAUUAUGCGUUUAUAUCUUGCACCACGUGCUUCCUCUAAUCUUGAUAAACUUAAUAAUGAGCUUCAAGAUGUGACACGUGCUAUGACAAAAAAUAUUGAGGAUUUAAUAUAUAGAGGGCAUAGUUUAGAUAGAAUGUCGAAUUUAUCUUCUGAUCUCCGUUCUGAGUCGAUCAAAUAUAAAAAAGCUGCUAAGCGUAUAAAUUUUGAUGCACUUAUACGUCAGUAUGGGGUUAUAUGCAUCAUUGUUUUUGUUGUUAUAUUAGUUAUUUGGUGGAAAUUAUUUUGA